AUGCUGCAAAGGUUCAUACGGUCGAAAUGUUUAAUAAUACAACUGAGGGUGGCGUAUAAGAGUGUUUCGGUACCGAACGAAGCUUUGGUGCAACAAGCUUUGACUUGGGAGCUACAAAAGCUUGGUAAUGUCCUGUAUUCUAGAUCCAACGCUGCAGCAUGGCAGAAAAGUUUUAACCGAACCCAGCCCAAAAUCGAUCUGGUGAUCUCUAGCAACAAUUUGGACGCUUUGUCAAGUAUAUUAUUCAAUUUGCGGGGCUUCACACUUCCCGUACGAGGUCUUAAUUCACAAGCACCCCAAUGGGACCCGUUUCUAUCGCUGAAGGACUAUGAACCGCUACAGGAGGUGUUCGAAGAGCUGAAGUCAGUAUGGACCAAAAAUGAGCAUCGCAAGCGGUCUGGAUCUCGAGAUCUUGAGCCUUUCACCAAUGUAGGCCCGUGGAGUUUUAAAAGCACACCCGUUGGUCACAUUCAGACAUCGGCUGCCACGUCACUGGAGGCACCUCCAGCCCUAUACACAAACGAAGAACCUGAAGAGUCCGAUGGCCAACCUCAUGGAAGUCGAUUUUUCAACUUUCGCAGAUGGCAACCUACGCAUGAAAGCGAUGUCAGGUUGGAAAAUAAGCCUGAAGCGGAGACCUUUUUUGAAUAUGUAAACGGUCAACUGGCAGCUGACGCAAGACAUGUUUACUUGGAUCCAGUUCUGUACUCUGAUUUUGAUUCUCUUCCUAGAGAGCUGCAAGAUUGGCUUGACGAUUCUGUCAGACCCUCUUCACCUCCACAAGAAGAUGCGAGGGACGAAUUGCGUCGCCUUGACUUCCUAUUACACGGGUUCAAGGGUUUUGACAGAUGA